AUGGCCCCCACCGGCCCUGUCCUCUGCAAGCACCGAGUCGGCUACGUCGGCGUCUGGCGCGGGCGCACAGCGGGUGGCUCGCCAAAGCACUCCAGCUUCUUUGAUAAUCCACAGCUGCGCCUCCGCAUCUCCAACCGGCAGCAGGAGCUGCGGGUGACACUUGCGCAGUCGCCCCUACAACCGGGGGCAGGGGUUCACGCGGUUGGGUUCGUCCUCCUCAGUGCCGACGAGCCUGCGGUCGCUCGCCGCACCCUCGGCACCCCCGGCGGCACGCACGGCUACUCCGCAAUUCAAGGCAUUCACCCCAUCCCCUUUACCUCGGGAGAGGAGAGGGUAGACGUUGUCCUCAAGCUGGAGCGGCUCAAACAGGACUACAUACUGGUCCCGUGCACCGACUCGCCAGGGAGCGAGGCCGCUUUUGCUCUCGAUAUUCGCUCAAACUAUCCCCUCUCCCUCGCGUGCCUCCCAAAGGACGGAUCGCCGCUGCCUGACCCCACGGCCGGAGGGGAGCAGGAGCAGGAGCAGCAGCAGCAGAGCACGAGCACCCCGGCACCCUCCGCCGCUGUCGAAAUUCAGGGGAUGGCCACAGGCAUCUCGAGCGCAAGGGGCUACGGAUUUGGCAACGUCGGCCAGAGCGGGGUGUCAGAGGGUGAGGCGCUGCUCCAGAAGCUUCAAGCUGCGCAAUUCGAGGAUGACGCCUUUCACAGCCUUCUGACGGGGUCUGCUGCGGGCAAGGCUGGGCGGGAGGUCGAGUGGAGGAGGCCACGCCAAGUCACGGAGGAGCCGUCUCCGGUGGAGGCGGCCGGCGUCACGACGCUGCUCCACCCGGAGUUGCAUGAGCGAGCCGGAGGCGCCCCUCCGGGGCCGAGCGCUGGAAGCUGGAUCCUUGGCGCGCUCGCGAUGCUUGCCCAGUCCCCGACGCUGCUGCAGCGGUGCUUCGUGCCGGGGGUGCAUGGUAAGCGCGGCGUCCUCGCAGUCCGUGUCUGGCACUGGGACAGCUGGCAUACCAUCCUCACCGACGAUCGGCUGCCCGUCGCCAGCGGCCGGCUCGUCUCUGGCGGGUGCGCAGACGCGCGGCAGCUUUCGCUAGCUCUGCUCAUCAAAGCUUACGCGCGGCACCACGGGUCGUACGCCGCCUUGCGCACCGGCCGCGUGACGGAGAUGCUCGUAGACUUUACGGGCGGCUGCUCCCAAAAGAUUGAGCUGGGUGAUGAUGGCGAGGCGAGCGCCGUCUGGGAGGAGCUGAUUGAGAUCAGGGAUCGCGGUGCGCUGCUCGGCUGCCAACAGCUGGCCGGCGCCGACCGCGCCGUGGAGGCGCAGCGCCUCGGCGUCCGCACGCAGUCGACCUACGUCAUUCUCGAGCUCGUCGAGCUCUCGGGCCUGCGCUUGGUCUGCCUGCGCAACCCGUUCCUGGAGCCACGCUGGCGAGGAAAGUGGCGAGCGGGCGCCCCAGGGUGGUUCGAAGGCGGCGACACGUCGCCGCUGCUGGGGCUGCAAGAGAGCGGCAGCGAGCACGCCGGCGCCGCAGUGGCGGAGGACGAGUCGGGCGUCUUUUGGCUCAGCCUCGAGGACUUUGUGCGCGUCUUUGAUCGCGCCCACGCGUGCCGUACCUUUAGCCGCAGCACUCCUCGCGCGGUCGUGUUUGGGGAGUGGGAUGCCGGCAGCGCGGGCGGCUGCCUCAACUACCUCUGCUCCUGGCGGCGGAACCCGCAGUACGUACUGCAACUCCCCUGCGCCGCUCGGGUCUUCAUCGCCAUCACCCAGCCGCCUCUCCUCGGCUCGAUCGGGCAAAGAGACUACCUCUCCAUCGGCGUGUGUGUGCUGCGGGGCGAUGGGCGCCGGCGGCUCCUCACCGUCACCCGGGAUUCGCUCCUCGGCGCCUCUCCCAUCUCCGACACCCGCGAGGUGAGCUUCUCCCUCUCGCUGCCGGCGAGCACCGCGGAGGCGCCGCACAUCGUCAUACCGUACACCUUUGAGCCCAACGAGACGGGCGCGUUCAAGCUGUCUGUCUGGGCGGACGUCAAGUUUGGGCUUUCCCCCCUGGCGCAGGAGGACGAGUGGUGCCACACCGCGCUCGCCGGCGAGUGGGACGCAUCGAGCGGCGGUGUGCCCAACCCGGGCAACAGCCGCUGGCAGGUGAACCCCCAGUGGGAGGUGGCGCCGCUCAGCCAGCCGACCACGGUCACAAUCGUGCUGGAGCUCGCUCCUCCGCCGCAUCCCGACCAGCCUACGCCGCUGGCGCUCGGCUGCCUUGUGCUCCGGGGCAGCAAGGCGAGCCAGCAGGUCGAUCUCAUCGGGCCGGACGACGUGUUGGCGCAGGCCGGCUUUGCUCGCGCCGCGCAAGUGACCUGUUGCGUCACGCUGCCCGCCUCGGACGAGCCGUGCUGCCUCCUCGCGUGCACCUUCGAGCCGGGCCAGGAGGCCGCUUUCCGCCUGCACCUCUACACUGACCAGCCCAUCAGCGCACGAGCAGUGCAGCCCGACGAGGUGCAGAGCGCACCGCUGGGCACGUCGGUCGCCGGGUCCUCCUUCGCCAUCGACAGCGCUGCGCCCGAGGCGAUUGCGGGAAGCCAGCAGCCUCGCACGGACAACGCCGGCGAGGCGGGGGAGAGCGAGGCGGGCGGGGCCGAGGCCAGCGAGCGCCCUCGGGAUGUGCCCACGGCCCAGCCGCCUGAGGAGGAGGAGGCCGCCGACCAGGACACGGGGCACGGGCGGGCGACGGCGGCCUCGGGCGGCCCGCUGCGCCUCCUGAAGAAGCUGCCGUGGAGGCCGGGCACGCCGAAACGCAGGGGCGCGAGGCGUCGGGCGGCUAGUUGA